AUGGCAACACGUCCGCAAACUGUUAUCGAGUACCUCAGAGUAACAGAGAAGAUGGACACAAUCGAUCGCACGAAUCUUCAACAAAUCCGAUCUCAAUAUGCAACGGCCUUAACGGAAGACGAUGAUUUCGAUAAUGCAUUAUUGGUAGUGGCUAAUCUUUUGAACGUUACUACAACUGCUGAAGACUUAAAGUAUUUCAAGAUAAGUGUUAAUAGUGCUACGUUGGACGAAGCGUGUAAGGAGUUAGUGGAUGAAUUCGGAAAACAAUUGGUUCCACGUCAAAGCGCAGUAAAAAUCCAACAACGGACAACAACAGAGUCGCAACCGAUUGUAUCGUUAUCUCGAAUGAGCUGUCAAAUUCUUGUUAAACAGAAUCGAAAAGAAAUCAUCGAUUUCAUUGGUGACUUUUUACUGGACGAAUUCGAUAAGUAUGGAACGAACGUUAUUCGUAGAGAUCUUCGGUCGACCAGUGUACUUUUUGCAUUUAUCCGACAUCAACUGGAAGAUCGUGUUAUUACUACUGGCCCUGGCGAUUUAGUGUACAAAUUUCCAUUGGUUCCUCAUAUUAACAUGGAAGAUAAGUUUGGUCCUUGGCAUUUCGAUCAUCUUCACGAUUUAUUCGAGUUAAAUCUUAUUCCAGAAGAUAAUCAUUUUCCUCGUCGAUGGACAUUAGCAUCCAAUACUACAUUAUUCUAUACGAUCGAAGCAACAAAUGACGUAUUGAGACCAAAUGAUGCAAGCCGAAAUAAUUAUCAAACAAAACAGAAUUUCUCUGUAUGUGAAUUGCUUGCAACUUUACAUAAGAUCAAACUAUAUUUUCAUCAUAUCCUUGGUGACAAACUCACCGCUAUCAAUGAUUUUACGCCAGCUAUGCUAGACAAUCGUUGCGUUGAUGGAGUCUUCGAUGAAAUGCAGCAGGCUGGCUUUGCUGAUGACGGACUCUUUGGUCAAAUGAAAAACUUUUUUCUGCCACUAACAGUGACUAAGAAAGAUCUCUUGAUCAAUGAUAAUCAGUUGAAAUCUAUUCGCCGCGAAUAUGAGAAAAGUCUGGAUCGCGCAAAUAAAUCAAAAGAAAAUUUACAGCAGCAGUAUGAAAAAGCACAUAGCGAUUAUUGGCACCAUGUGGAUAGGAUAAAGGAAUUGGAACAAGAAGUUCCCAACACGAAAGAUACCAAAGAAAUGAUUCGAAAUCAACAAAAACAGAUGGCAACAAAAGUCAAAGAAAUCGAAGAUUUGGUAGAACAACUGAAACGACAAACAAAUAUACAAGCACAAACUGCAGACCUUCUGCGACCCGAGAAUAUUAACAAUAUGAAACAAAUAAAUCCGGAUUUAAUCAAAAUGAAUCGAGGUUUUAUCAUGUACGGACCACCAGGAACUGGUAAAUCUCAGAUAAUGAGCAAAUUAUCCACUCAUACCGGUAUUACAAUGGUGGCUUCUCAGCUUGCUGCCGGUGAACUUAAUCGUCCACUCGUUGGUGAAUCUGAACAAAUUAUUUUACAUAUAUGUGAACGUGCUCGCCAUAUUCCUUACCUGAUCUGUUGUAUAUCAAUUGAUGAAAUCGAUUCGUUAACAUCAAAACGUCAAAAUGAUACGUCUGAAGGAAGCGCUGCCAGACUAGGUAUUUUUCUUUCAAUCAUCGAUGGAAAUAAAAAUAUUCCAAACUUAAUGAUCUUCUGUGCAACGAAUCGUAUACAUAGUAUGGAUGAAGCUUUCCUUCGGCGUAUGCAAGGGAAAUUUUUUGUUGGUCGUCCGUCUGCUGCAGCAAGAAGGAGUAUUCUUGGUCGAAUGUCCACGGUUCAUUUGCCACCCAGUCUACUUGAAUACUCAGUUAUGGUAACAACGAAUUUUUCCGGAGCAGCAAUGCGAGAUCUUGCCAGUUCAAUGACGGUACAUUGUGUUAAUCCUGGUAAUACUCAAUCGAAUUGCCAGCUUGAUUAUCCAACUGUGCUUCGAUUCGCACACAAAGCUGCAUACGAAAAUCGGAUCUUAAUCGGAGGCGAAACCAUACCUUCGCUUUUGCUGAAGGCAAAAGAUAAAGAGCCAUUAUUGGCAGAUAGGAAGUAUCGUUUGGAGAAUCUAUCCAGCGGACCAAACUCCAUCUGUACAGGAAAAAUCCUGAUUAACUUUCAUCUAAGGCGCAUCGAUAUUGAAAAAAGAUCAGUAACCAAUCCAAAAACACAUGCCAGCGAAAAGACCGUUAUAACAGAAGAUCUUCUUCCAAAUGAAACAGAUACUCACGAACUGAUUGAACGUUUAGCCUUCUACGGUAUAUUUCGUAAUGUUCAACUUUCACAAUUGAUUGAUUUAAAUCUAUUCGCAUCGCAAUCUGCUCAUGAUGAACGAAGCGGAUUUGAAGUGUUAAAACAAUUCUUCGAUGAAUCUUCUGCUUAUCGACGUUCAUUGAUUGCUUAUGAUUUAGAUUCAUUGGUUGGGGUCAGUAAAAACGAAGGAGGCUCUGCAACAAAUCGAACAACUAGCUCCGAAACAAUAAAUAAGAAUAUGUAUACUUUUAUCAAAGACAAAUUUCGUUCUGCUUAUGUUCAAUCGACGGCUGAUACAAAAGAAACUAUCGAACAAUGGUCAAUCAUGAUUAUACGCGACCAGUAUCUUCUUCGUCAAUUUUACGGCGACACACAAUUCACACGUCCAGAAGCUGAGUUAAAACAAGAAGAAGAAGAUGCAAAAAGUGCCAAACGACAGAUGAAAUGUGUUCAAUGUAAUGAUUUCUACAUCGAAGAAGACAAUAGAAUGGGUGCAUGUGUGCAUCAUGAUGGCUUUGUUUAUAAUGUGUAUGAUUCCGAACUUAAAGCAUUAUCACCACACGAUGCUGUUGAAAAGUUAAUAAAAGAAGAUGUUGGAAGCACUCAAACAUCCGCAAAACAUCAAUUUACACCAGAGCAAAAAGAAAAGAUCGAUCGUCAGAAACAACGUUUUCGAUUUAUUUGUUGCAAUCAAAUACUGUCAGCAUUACGUAUGGCGGGAGGAUGUAAGAGGGGCACACACAAUUCAAAAGUCACGAAACGUGAAUGGUCUAAUAUCUGCAUUAGCAAUUCAGAAUAUAAAAGUCAAUUGGCUAAACUAAAAAAAGGGCAUUGA